GCAGCAGACAUGGCUGGGGCGAUCAUCGAGAAUAUGAGCACCAAGAAACUGUGCAUUGUCGGGGGGAUCCUGCUGGUGUUGCAAGUGGUGGCCUUUCUGGUGGGAGGAUUGAUCGCUCCUGGGCCUACCACUGCUGUGAACUACCUAUCUGUUAAAUGUGUGGAUGUCCGCAAAAACCAUCACAAGACAAAAUGGUUAAUGCCUUGGGGACCCAACCAGUGCCACAAGAUUCGAAACAUCGACGAAGCCAUUACUCGAGAAAUUGAAGCCAAUGACAUCGUGUUUUCGGUCCAUAUUCCUCUCCCCAAAAUGGAAAUGAGCCCUUGGUUUCAAUUUAUGCUAUUUAUCCUGCAGUUGGACAUCGCCUUCAGGCUGAACAACCAAAUCAAUGAAAAUGCCGAAGUGUCUAUGGAUGUCUCUUUGGCUUACCGUGAUGACUCGUUGGCUGAGUGGACUGAAAUGGCCCAUGAAAGAGUACCCAGGAAGCUCAAAUGUUUCUUUGCAUCCCCCAAGACCCCAGAGCAUGAGGGUCGUUACUAUGAUUGUGAGGUCCUUCCCUUCUUGGAAAUUGGGUCAGUGGCUCACAAGUACUAUCUUCUGAACAUCCGGCUUCCUGUGAAUGAGAGGAAGAAAAUCAACGUGGGGAUUGGGGAGAUCAAGGAUAUCCGGUUGGUGGGAAUCCACCAAAAUGGAGGCUUCACCAAGGUGUGGUUUGCCAUGAAGACCUUCCUCACACCCAGCAUUUUCAUCAUCAUGGUGUGGUAUUGGAGGAGGAUCAACAUGAUGUCCAGACCCCCUGUGCUUCUGGAAAAAGUCAUCUUUGCCCUUGGGAUCUCCAUGACCUUUAUCAACAUCCCAGUGGAAUGGUUUUCCAUUGGCUUCGACUGGACCUGGAUGCUAUUGUUUGGUGACAUCCGACAGGGCAUCUUCUAUGCCAUGCUGCUAUCUUUCUGGAUCAUCUUCUGUGGCGAGCACAUGAUGGAUCAGCAUGAACGAAAUCACAUAUCCGGGUACUGGAAACAAGUGGGACCAAUUGCCGUUGGCUCUUUCUGCCUCUUUAUAUUUGAUAUGUGUGAAAGAGGCGUGCAGCUCACCAAUCCCUUCUACAGUAUCUGGACUACAGAUGUUGGAACAGAAUUGGCAAUGGCCUUCAUCAUCGUGGCUGGGAUCUGCCUCUGCCUCUACUUCCUGUUCUUGUGCUUCAUGGUAUUCCAGGUGUUUCGGAACAUCAGCGGGAAGCAGUCGAGCCUGCCAGCCAUGAGCAAAGUCCGGCGACUGCACUACGAGGGGCUGAUUUUCAGGUUCAAGUUCCUCAUGCUGAUCACCUUAGCCUGCGCGGCCAUGACAGUGAUCUUCUUCAUCGUCAGUCAGGUGUCUGAAGGCCAUUGGAAGUGGGGCGGUGUCACGGUGCAAGUGAACAGCGCCUUUUUCACGGGCAUCUAUGGGAUGUGGAACCUUUAUGUCUUUGCUUUGAUGUUCUUGUAUGCACCAUCCCAUAAGAACUACGGGGAUGAUCAAUCAAACGGAGACCUGAAUGUCCACAAUGGAGAAGAGCUCCAGCUCACCACCACCAUCACCCACGUUGAUGGACCCACCGAGAUCUACAAGUUGACUCGCAAGGAGGCCCAAGAAUAGGAGGCCUUAGCCCUCCACAUCACAACCCCUCCAGCUAGAAGUGGGGCAUGUUCUUGAGGGAGCUUCCGGCGCAGACAAACACUCCAGCAACCAGUGAUGGGCACUCAUCCUCUUGCCUUCCACCUGGAGUGCUCCGAGGAAGACUCUGGCAGCCACUGCUGAAUUGUGUAUCAUAGCAAAACCUCUGGUUGGACCCUGUUCUCUGUGCUCAUUGUUUAUUAGUGACAUAGUGACAUCGGUAGCCGGUGGUUAGGAAACCAAAUACCUUGGGGGUGUCUGGGCCAGAUGGGAUUUCUACAGAGUGGAAUAUUUGACUCAUUUUUCCUGUUUUUAGAUUCUAGGAUAGAUUUUUUUUUUAACAUCCUUUGCCAGCUCAAGAAAGACCAGUAUCAUAGGCCUUUUCUCACUUGGGUCCUUGAUAGCCAUGUUUUUAUUUUCCUAUUUAUAUCACCAACUAGCCUAUCACAUAAUAUUUAAGUUGUCCAUAGAUCAAUGCCUCUCUUUUUAUUUUUUUUUUAAACAAUUCAAGAUGAAGUCACUGAAUUUCAUGAGACGGCCUCUUCCACCAGGGGCAUCUCAGCUUUGAAACCAAAUCUGUGUAUCCAAUACUAACCAUUCUGUUGGAUGUGGGUUAAGAAAAAAAUUUUGCUAAACUCCUGAGUAGGAUUUAUUAUAUUAAAUGGCCUUUGGGUCUGAAAAGCUUUUUUUAA